UUGUUCUCGCGCUCAAUCAGGAUCGAUAUUCUAUUCGUAACAGUUGCACUAUUUUCUAAUCUGUUGAGGAGCUCAAUGCCACGUCUGGAGAACGUAGUCUGUUUGGUUACUGGGGCCAGUCGCGGCAUUGGAAGAGGGAUCGCUCUCGGACUGGGUGCGGAGGGAGCAACCGUUUACAUAACAGGGCGUACUCUGAAACCUAAAGGUGACGAAAUUGAAGGGUCUUUGGAGGAAACUGCAGCCGAGAUCAAUUCUAGAGGUGGCAAAGCCAUCCCUGUCGUUGUUGAUCAUAGCGAGGAAACACAAAUCACAGACCUAUUCGUUCGUAUCCGUCGGGAACAACGAGGUCGCCUAGAUGUGUUGGUCAAUAAUGCCUAUUCAGCAGUGCCAUUCUUGAAGCGGUCUCUUGGAAAAGCUUACUACGAGAUCGAUGCAUACAGUCCAGGAGAAGUCUGGGACGAGGUUAAUAACGUGGGCCUUCGAAACCAUUACAUCUGCUCAGCGCUGGCCACGAAAGUGAUGAUAGACUAUAAAAAGCAAGAGCCAUCUGCGCGUCCUGGAUUGAUCAUCAAUAUUUCCUCUUUUGGUGCCUGUCGCUAUGCGUUCAGUGCAGUUUACGGAUGUGGCAAAGCCGCCCUUGAUAGGCUAACUCAUGAUAUGAACGUUGAAUUAAAACGCAACAAGGUGGAUGUAUGCGUUAUCAGUCUGUGGCCCGGAUUGGUUCGUACGGAGGAAAUGAUGAACGUGGCGGUGAACACAACUAAGGAAUUUUUAGCCGCAUUUCGUGACCCAUCCCUGUCUGAAUCGACGGAACUCUGUGGGCUUGCUGUCGCUGCGAUUGCCUGUGAAAAGUCUUCGGCCCUCAUGGCCCGUUCUGAUAACAUCGUACUGGUGAGCGAUGUGGUCGCGCAAUAUGCCCUUCGUGUGCCAGGAGAGCCGGCCCCUCCAAACUACCGGUCGCUGAAGCUACUUUUACGCCUAGGUGGCUACCGUUUGGCUUGGUUGGUGCCUGGUUUCAUUCGAAUACCGAAAUUUCUAUUUUUGUGGUUCCUCAGCUUUGCUUAGCAACGCAGCAACAACUCAAGGCUAUUUGUGCAUUUUUUUAUAACUGCACACGUCCAUAGUUAACCCACUUACAAUUCCAGUCUUUAUCUUAUAUCAUUGUGCUUAUUUGAGUGAUCGGAUUAUGGUCUGUUGUACUGUAUCCACUAUGCACUUUGUACACACUGAUAAAAGCAUGUCU